CCAGGCAAGAAUCAGGAUCUCAACUGGGUUGAUUUCUUUCUUCUGCCAAAAUUAGCGUGUAUAUAAUUGAUAAAGUUUGAUUUGGGAUUCAUUAGGCAAUGGCGAAGAACGUAACGACGGUGUGCCCGGCACCGAUGAAAGCUACAUCUAAUGGGUCAUUUCAAGGAGAAGAUCCUCUUGACUACGCGCUUCCUUUACUAAUCUUGCAGAUCUGUUUGGUCGUCGUUUUUACCAGAGUGAUUGGUCUCAUCCUUAAGCCUCUUAGACAACCAAGAGUCAUCGCUGAGAUUAUUGGAGGAAUACUACUUGGGCCGUCCGCCUUUGGGCGGAGCGAGAAAUUCCUGCACAAAGUAUUCCCGGCCAGGGGCAUGACUGUGUUGGAUACUCUCGCCAACAUUGGGCUUCUUUACUUCUUGUUCCUGGUUGGUCUAGAGCUCGACUUGCGAGCUAUUCGUCGCACCGGGAAGAAGGCUUUAGCUAUUGCCUUGGUGGGCAUAAGCUUCCCGUUCAUUCUUGGAGUUGGGACGUCCGUCGUACUCCGAGCCACCAUAUCCAAAGGAGCGAAGCAUGGUCCUUUCCUUGUCUUCAUGGGUGUAUCUCUCUCCAUCACCGCUUUUCCGGUACUGGCUCGUAUACUUGCAGAGCUAAAGCUCCUGACAACCGACCUUGGGCGCAUGGCCAUGUCCGCAGCGGCUGUAAAUGACGUCGCUGCCUGGAUUCUCCUCGCACUCGCUAUCGCUCUCUCUGGCAGCGACACAUCCCCAGUCAUCUCUUUAUGGGUCCUACUGAGCGGUGCUGCAUUCGUUACAUUUGCGAUUUUGGUCCUGCGACCAGCACUUGCACUUAUGGCUCGGCGGUCCCCUGAAGGAGAGCCUGUGAAGGAGCUCUACAUCUGCGCGACACUGUCACUGGUGUUGGCAGCAGGUUUUGUCACGGAUACCAUCGGCAUUCACGCGCUGUUCGGGGCCUUCGUGGUUGGGGUUAUCGUACCCAAGGACGGGCCAUUUGCCGGCGUACUGAUAGAGAAGAUUGAGGACCUUGUGUCGGGGCUCUUCCUUCCGCUCUACUUCGUGUCUAGCGGGCUGAAGACGAAUGUUGCAACCAUUAGAGGAGGACAGUCAUGGGGCUUGCUAUGUCUUGUCAUAUUUAAUGCUUGUUUUGGGAAGAUCGUAGGUACGGUAGUGAUUUCUAUCAUCUGUAAGGUCCCCAAAAGAGAGGCUGUCGCACUAGGAUUCCUCAUGAACACAAAAGGUUUGGUGGAGCUUAUCGUCCUCAACAUUGGCAAAGACCGAAAGGUGUUGAACGACCAGACCUUCGCCAUCCUGGUGCUCAUGGCUCUCUUCACCACCUUCGUCACAACCCCCAUUGUUAUGGCCGUGUACAAACCAGCUAGGAAGGCCGCGCCAUACAAGCAUCGGACCAUCAAACGCCAUGACCGAGAUACGGAGCUGCGCAUACUGGCCUGCUUCAACAGCACCCGAAACAUCCCAACCAUGAUCAACGUCAUCGAGUCCUCCCGUGGAACCCGAAGUCGUGGUGUCUGUGUCUAUGCAAUGCACCUCAUGGAGUUUUCAGAGCGAUCCUCUGCCAUUUCCAUGGUUCACAAGGCGCGGAAAAAUGGACUUCCCUUCUGGAACAAGAAGCAUGGCGACAGGGAUCAAAUGGUCAUCGCCUUUGAAGCUUAUCAGCAGCUCAGCAACGUCACCAUCCGCCCCAUGACCGCCAUCUCCGCCCUCCAAACCAUCCAUGAGGACAUCUGCGCCAGCGCUCAACGAAAGCGCGCUUCCAUAAUCCUCCUCCCCUUCCACAAACACCAGCGGCUCGAUGGUACAAUGGAAUCCUUAGGCCACUCAUUCCACCUCAUUAAUCAACAAGUUUUACGCCACUCGCCUUGCUCUGUCGGGAUACUCGUUGAUCGUGGCCUCGGUGGGACGACCCAAGUCUCAGCAAGCGAGGUCUCCUACUCGAUCGUGGUGCCCUUCUUCGGUGGCCGUGACGAUCGCGAGGCACUCGCUUAUGCGUUCCGCAUGGCUGAACACCCCGGAAUUGUUCUAACGGUGGUGAAGUUUGAGGCCCAGCCAGGAACGUCAUUGACGGGUGAUAGUAAUUCUGGUAACCGAGGUUCAACCAGUAUUACUGUUGGAACCGAAGAAGAGGAUGAGAAGAAAGCAGACAUGGAGUACUUGGAGGAGCUGAGAGAAAACGUGCCAGAAUCGACCACAUUUGAGGAGAGGGUGGUAGGUGGUAAGGAGGAUAUAAGAGCAGUGUUGAAGACAAUGAACAAAUGCAAUCUGUUUUUAGUGGGGAGAAAGCCACCAAUUGUUCAACUCAUGGAUAGAACAGACUGUCCGGAAUUAGGUCCGGUUGGGGCAUUCUUGGCGUCAUCAGAGUUCUCGACGACAUCAUCAGUUAUAGUGAUUCAUCAGUAUAAUCCAGCUGUAACUGUAACUCUUCACCCAAUAGUGAAAGAAGUGAAAGAAACAAAGGGGGUAGUGCCAGACACCCCAGAAGACGUAUGAGUAACCACGUUAUUGUUGUAUGUUUUUUUUUUUUUUACCUUUAACGUGAGAACUGAGAAGGCUAGGGGAGGGGAAGGAGGAGUGAAUGAAUCAUAAGUCUGAACUCAUCAAUUGAGUGAAAGCACCAGCGAUUGAGGGGGCGGGCGUGACUUCUAUCUGCAUUGUCUGUGGUUUGGUGGUUGGUGUAGGACAAAUAAACGGCCCAUGCCACUUAAUACGAGUUUGGAUCGCCUUCACAUGUUGUCAUGCACAACUUUCUGUACAACCAAUCAUAGGACACCAAAUCAACAUUAAAUCAUGUCUACAUAUCAUAUGUGCCAGCAAUAAAUCAUGUCUUUCUCUCAUGAGAUUCUCAUGAC